AUGCCAAGGAUCCAUGGAUGGAUACAAGCUGCUAUGGUGCUCAAGGAUGCUUUGUUCACAAACAUGACGUUCGAACAGUGGAGUCAGGUAGUAAAUCCGAAGGUGCAAGGAACGUGGAAUCUACACCAGACCUUGUCGUCAGAUAUGGACUUUUUUGUCCUGCUGUCUUCCUUUGCAGGCGUCAUCGGCCACACUGGACAGUCCAAUUACCGUGUUGUAAACACGUAUGAAGACGCCUUUGCUCAUUACCGAAGUGCAAAGGGCGAGAAGACGAUUUCCAUUGACCUCGGCGUAGUGCUAGGAGAAGGUUUCGUAACCGAAAACGACAAGGUCAUGGAUCGCUUGAUGAGGCUCAAUAUUCCCGGCCAAACAGUCUGGACGACCGCCCCGCAGUUGCACCUGCCGCAGUCUGCACGCUGCGUCUUACCGCCCGCGUCCGACAAAAAGCUCUCUGAGCGCUGCCGGCUGCCGACUAACCACCUGCACGAGCACCAAUUCCUCGUAGCCGCCCAACGCACUCGCACCUCCUCUGCCAUGCCUACUCGAACCAUCAAUCCGUUUGCGACCGUAUCCCCAUCCUCCUCUACCCCUUCGCUCGACGCCCUGAACGAGAAGAAGGAGCAGCCGCGACGCUCUUCCUUCACCAAGGGCAACAAGUUCACAUCGCUUUUCGGCGGCAACACGCCUAGGACCCGUGGUGAGGCUGCGGCCCUGCGUGACGCCCUUGUUGCGCAGCAGCAGGCCCUUCUGGACAACCCUUCGCCUCCGCAGCAGAUCAAUACCGCCUCGAUUUCCCUCCCGACCAUCAACCUAACAACGGCGACCGGCGAGAAGAUGCCCACCACCGAACCCAAGACCCUCUUCAACCCGGAAGAAGCACGGCGGAAAGCUAGAGCCGAUGCCCAGUUCGGUCCCAUUGGAUCGCAAAAGCACCGGUACACCAGCACAUUCGAGGGCGAAUUCGGAGACCCCGUAGAAGACGAACCGCCUUAUUACUUCUUGCUCACCACCUACAUCAGCUACCUAAUCUUAAUUGUAUUCGGCCACGUUCGCGAUUUCUUUGGCAAGCGUUUCCGGGCCGCACACUAUAGCCAUCUGGCCGAGAGGGAUGGGUAUGCGCCUCUCAACAGCGACUUCGACAAUUUCUACACCCGCCGACUGAAGAUGAGGAUCAAUGACUGCUUCUCGCGACCAACCACUGGCGUUCCGGGACGAUUCAUCACCCUCCUCGACCGCAAGUCUGACGACGGAAACAACACUUUCAAGCUCCUUGGUUCGACCACCGAGACUUUGAACAUGAGCUCGUACAACUACCUUGGUUUCGCACAAUCUGAGGGUCCCUGCGCCGAUGCUGCCGAGCAGGCAGUCCGCAAGUACGGUGUUACCAUGGCCAGUCCUCGCGCAGACUCCGGCACAUCCGAAUUGACCGUCGAGGUGGAGGAUUUGAUCGCUCGCUUUGUGGGCAAGCCCGCUUCCAUGGUUUUCUCCAUGGGUUUCGUCACCAAUGCCACCGCUUUCUCGACUCUGAUUGGCAGGGGCUGCCUCAUGCUCUCGGACGAGUUGAAUCACUCUUCGAUCCGGUUCGGUGCGCGUCUUUCCGGCUCCAUGAUCAAGAUGUUCAAGCACAACGACAUGCGGGAUUUGGAGCGUCUGCUCAGGGAAGCCAUCUCGCAGGGACAGCCUCGCACACACCGUCCGUGGAAGAAGAUUCUCGUUACCGUCGAAGGCCUUUAUUCGAUGGAGGGAACCAUGUGCAACCUUCCUGCCCUGAUCGAGCUGAAGAAGAAGUACAAGUUCAACCUGUUCGUUGACGAGGCUCAUUCCGUAGGUGCUGUUGGUCCUCGCGGUCGUGGCGUGUGCGACUUCUUCGGCAUUGACCCCUCUGAAGUCGAUAUCCUCAUGGGAACCCUUACAAAGUCAUUCGGUGCCAACGGAGGUUACCUCGCAGCUAGCAAGGAAAUCAUCGACAAGCUACGGACACAGAACGCUGCCAUGCUGUUUGCCGAAUCGCCUGGUCCACCAGUCCUUGUUCAAAUUGCUUCGUCCCUUCGCAUCAUCAGCGGGGAACUGGUUCCCGGACAAGGUGCGGAGCGCCUGCAGCGCCUGGCUUUCAACUCCAGGUAUUUGCGUCUCGGUCUCAAGCGACUCGGCUACAUUGUCUACGGCCACGACGACUCGCCUAUCAUUCCCGUCAUGCUCUACAACCCCGCCAAGAUGCCCGCGUUCUCCCAUGAGAUGCUCAAGCGUAAAAUCUCGGUCGUCGUUGUGGGAUACCCAGCUACGCCCCUCGUCUCGUCAAGAGCACGCUUCUGCAUAUCUGCAGCCCACACCAAGGACGACCUGGAUCGCAUGCUCGCAGCUUGCGAUGAGGUCGGUGACCUUUUGCAGCUGAAGUUCAGCAGCGGUGUCGCUGGCGGUGCAGACCCAGAGGAGCUUACCACGCAAGAGAAAGACAGCCUCAGCAUUGUCAAGCCUCCCAGGUGGAGAUUGGCAGACGUGAUCAAGCGUGGAGCGGAGGACGUUCAGCUACCUCUCAAAUAGCCGCUUCUCCGGGCUGGGCUGGCACGUGACGGGGCAACCAGAGGGACAGGGCGCAACACGGACUGAAGUGAGGCGGGCGCGCCCUGGUCUUCGUGUUCGCAGAUCCUUUCAACAACGCGUAUUUCACGGAUCCCGUGAGACACUAGGAUCGACGGGACAUGUGCAGGUGCUUGAGGCGCGAACUCGUAGCCUCGUCGUCCCGAACUAAGACAUCGCCCUUGCCCGGUUGCCUUGUUCGUUCCCCGGCGCUACCUCCACUGCUUCUCCGCCCUUUUGCAUGCGUGGCGCUGUAUGUCUGUUUUGCGAUAUUGGGUCCGGCGCAACUGUCUUGAUUGGGAAACUGGCAAACGAGCAUGUAUUCUUGUACGAUAUCCUUCAUACCCUCGCUGUAUUGAGUUAGAUUCUACCAUUUUAUUUUUUCUUCUGUCUGAUUCUUGUCUUCUCGUUUAGACCUCUGCAUGGGGUUGUCUUUUGAGAAACGGGGGGGGGGGG